AUGGUCCUGUCUAACCCAGAGAAGACGAUCCGCAAAAUCGACAUCGCCCAGGUGUCCCUCAACCUUCAGGAUCGUCUCGGUCUCGCCAAAGUCAAAUACCAGAACGGGCGGCUUCCCUCACGCCAGAAUGGCGGCCUACACAUAUCCUUUGGUGGCAGCGACAAGCCAUCAGACUCCUCCUCCGAUGUUUCCAAUAGCCGCUGCGAGACCCCUCUGACAUCGCCGCUGCGAGUAUCAUCCUAUUCGAAGGAGCUACCACGGUCGUCCCGGAACAGACAUGCUGCAACCUUCAACUCCCGAGUCAUGCAGCCGAUGCUCUCUGCUAGUCGAAAACGUAUACGAUCAGACUCGAUUGCAGACCGUCCAUCAAAAGUAUCGCGAGUGUCAUGGAAGAGCUCCUAUCAACUGCCCGAGUCGUCGCCUGGAUUCCACCGUCACACCAGCUCCCGACACAACCUGCCGCUCAUAAGGGAAACCGCUCCCAUCCCGGGGCUUUCGUCACCAGGAUACCAUGCCCAGUCGGAUGAUGAUAAUGACCCGGAUCUUCCGGUGCACAGUUUCCAAGUCAGCUCUGUCGUGGGCUCAUCGCCUCCUCGAACACCUCCCCCGAAGCAUGCAUCCCUCUCCCGGAAGGACCGCAACCUCCGCCAUGAGGAUGGAGCAGAUCUCCUCCUGUAUCUAGCCAACUCCCCAACGCCAGCUAGAAUUGCAAGCAAGAAUCAGCCCCAAGCUUUCCCUCCGUCGACUCCGCCCAGUCAACAUGCCGUUUUGCCAUGUCUGACACCGACUCCUGGAGGAGGGGGUGUCUUCCCCAACUUUGGCACUCCCAACCAGCAGUUCAACUUUGCGGACUUUGUCAAUGUGACUCCUAGCCCAGCUCAACCUGCGUGGGGUGGCCGAACCCCAGGUGGCCUUGCUAGAACCCCUCUCGCUAGUAGAGAUGUUCGGAAGCGAUCUAACUUUGACAACCUGCUACCUCCAGGAAUCGAAAGCCCGAAGCUACGAGAAAAGGGAUCUGGCGCUGUCUUACAGCUGGGCGGAGAAUUGCGACCAUGA